AUGGACCAUUACAAAUUCGAUCCUCCACUUACGGAGCAUGGUUACCUUACCGCAGAAUUCAUGGGUCAUGCCUUCAAACUGGCUAAUUACCAUCCUGAAGUGAUCUACUCCUCACCGGAAUUGAGGUGCGUGCAGACUUCCGUUGCUAUUUCACGUGCUUACGGAAAUUCAGCAAAAAUCUGCCUGGAACCUGCUCUGUCCGACUGGGUACAACUGGCUCCACCUCAAACUCCUCUGCAAUGGCUGAAACCUGAUCAGUACAGAGAACUGGGCUACCCGAUUUGCGAUAGAUACAGACCUUUUAUGAACGAACUUCCGAAAUCUGAAUCUCCUGAAGACUAUCUGAGAAGACUGGCUGAAUUCUUCCGAGCCGUAUCAAGGCCGGCUCCUCAAGUAAUUAUAAUUGUGGCUAACGCUAACGCUCUUGAACUGGCAAGAAACCACCACUGGCAAACUGCUGGACAAAUUUGUGAGAUGAAGAGAUCUGUGAGGAACUGUGGCAUAUGCGAAAUAAGAGUCAGUCGUGACAAAAAAGUGCAAGCUAUCGAACCUAAUGUGCUUCCCUUCACAAAGACACUGAAAGAAGCUCGAGGAAAGAUUGCUACAUAA